CGACACUACAGAUUGACUUGACUGACUUCACUCGCAGAAGUAAAUAUGGCAAAGUUAUUAGGAUUAGAUAAACUCGCGACGUUAUUCCGUAUCAUACGCGCUCAUGGUGGAAUUAUCAAUUCUUUCAAGACAUACUUUAGAGUGGAUGAAUUGAAGACCGGUACCUUGAUUGGAACAGAUAAGUAUGGAAAUCGAUAUUAUGAGAAUAAUGCUUAUUUCAUGGGCCGAAACAGAUGGGUAAUAUAUGCAGAUAAAGUUGGAUUUAAUUAUGAUGGCUCCCAAGUUCCAGCUGAAUGGUUUGGUUGGUUACAUUACAAGACAGAUUUACCACCAUUUGAAGAUCCAUCUCGACCGAACUACAAGUGGAUGAUAGAUCAUCAACAAAAUAUGUCUGGCACUGAUCAAGCUUAUAUGCCUUAUAGUACGACAAAACCAAAGAUUGAACCUUGGAGGCCACCGCAAUGACAAAUUUUAUUGAGUUAAUAGUGACAUAAAGAGUGAAGUAUAAUAAUAUUGAAGUAAAAUAUUAUUUGAUGUAAAUAAAAUUACUACAUCAAGAUAAAAUAAUAUUUAAAGAGA